AUUGGAAUUAAAGGCUGUUGUAAGCUGACAUGGAUGCCGGGAACAGUCCCUGGGUCUUCUUGUAAGAGUAAUUCAAAGUCUUAACCGCAGAGCUAUGUCUCCAAGCGCUGAUCCUAAACUUUUGAUGCUCCUGAAUACAUUCAGAGUGUUGGGGUAUAGGUGUGCAGCCCACUAUGCCUAGUGUAUGUGGACCUAGGAUAAACUCUAGCAACUGAACUGUGUCACCAGCCCCACAGUGCUUUUUGAAUACCUUGGGCUCUUGUCACUAGCUUGGAAGCCUGGAUGGGCUUUCAGGGAUGCUCAGGGAAAAUAGCCAUUUGAUCUCCCAGGUCUGUGCCAGCUCUUGCUCAGCUUGGGGGCUGGCUUGUCUUGGCUCCUCCACACCCAGCCAAGGACUUCCAAGUAGCGUGUGUUUACAGCCCUCGCCUAAGCUAAGAGGUCUGGGGUAUUCGUCAUAGAUAGUAUCUUUCCAGCAAACCUUUGUUUUUGAGGCAAGGUCUUGUGUAGCCCAGGCUUUGAACUUGCUGGACAUCAGAAGAUGACUUUGAACCCUCAGCUAACCUUUCUUGUAUACUAAGUGCUGAGUACCAUCAUAGGGGUAGAAGAUAUACCACAGUGCAGAAAGACCCAGAACCUAGACAGACAUGGUAGCACAGCACUUGGAGGAGCUGGGGCAAGGAAAUAGCCAGCUCAAAGUCAGCCUGGGCUAUGUAGCAAGACCUCUUUCUCCAAACACUAAAUUAAAUGAAAUCUGGUGCUUGUAGAGCAUGAUCUACAUGUAGAGAAACUGAGGCUGUAACUUGCUUGCUCCUUGCCUCACCUAAUAAACUAAGGUGGAUGCGAGGCAGGAAGAACAAGGGAAUGCAUGCCUCUCACUGAAUUCCUGAUGCAGCUAGUUAGAACACGUUUCCCAUGUGAAUGUAUAAGCUCAUGUAAAGUCAACCCCUUGACCUCAAGUCAUCUAGCUCUUUGUCCUGCUUUAAGUUCUGAGUUUUCCAGUGCUGGUAGCUCUGGUACAGACAACCAAAUGCCACCCAGGUCAGGUCAUUUUGCACAGAGGACAUUUUCAGCAGAGGGUUGGGUCCCACUUCCUGGAUGAUCUUGGACAAAACACUUCCCUUUUGGUGAAAAUGGAGGCUAACCCUUUCUCCUUUGGGCAAGUCCUGAGACUUUUUGAGACAAACUCUCCUGUAGUCCUCAGGUAGUCGAGGAUGACCUUGAACUAUUGAUUGUCCAGCCCACAUCUCCCAAAUGUAGUGAUUCUGCACGUCCAGCCCCCUUGGGGCAGUUCUGAUCGGAAACAUCCUCAGGUCAACUCAUUGGGCCAACUACACAAAAAUAAAAGCAGUGUGCACAGUGCUGGUUUCCCAAGCGUGAAAGUUGAACACUCAAGGCUUCACUUCUGCAAUGGAGUCUACCACGUCACCAUAUAAAGGGAGCAGCAGGCACUUUCUUUUCUUUAUGGUCGCUCUAUAAAACCGGCCCAUCACAUUUUAAAAAGACACCAAAAACAUUCAUUAUAAGCAUAGCGCUCAGAGGACAACUUGUUGGUUGCCGUUAGAUCUCUCUUUCUACCAAUGUGGCUCCUGGGGUUUGAACUCAUUGCCAGGACUGGUGGCAAGCGCCCUUAUCCACUGAGCAACAAACUUGCAGUCAGCGUUUUAGAAAACAGGAAAUAGAGGCACAGACAGAUGAAAUAAUUUACAUCACCUCACACAGCAAGUAAGUAGCAAAGGCUGAUGUUUAGCAGGAUCCUGCUCGUUUGUUCAUGGCCCAUAGCCUCCAGCCUCUUACAAUUUUUCAUUGUUGCACCCGGACCUCCACAUACUACAAAAACACCCUCAUUACUUAACUAUAUAUAUCCUUAGACCUCACGAUAGCAAUAAAAAGAAAUUAAGCUCGUCAUAGUGACACACAAGUAUAAUCCUAACGCCUGGGAGGUGAAGGCAGGUAGAGCGCGAGUUCCAGGCCAGCCUGUGCUUCAUAGCAAGACCUAGUUCCCCGCCAAACCCUAGUGCCGCCAUGGAAUCAACGAUAAGACUUACAAAACAGAUCAGCCAGUCGUUUAUACGACGCAUUUAUUCGAUACCUACUGUUGUGCACCAGGUUUUCUAUAGCUCGGGAGAAACAAGGGCAUGUGAGACCGGAACGUUAAGAAAUCAGACCAGUUCUGUGCAGAAGGGCAGGCCGGUGCGGUCUGGGACGUGCUGAGCAGGGCUAAAAAUGCCCGCUCACCAAGUGCUCUGGGAAUAGACCUGUGAAUCCAAGCGUCGCUCAAAGGAUUUUUGAGCUUCGGAUCUGCGCUGCCGGCCAGGCGUGAAGAAGCAGGCUAUCUAGCAGGGCUAACCAUAGUCCUUGCGCUACAGCGGCUCAAAAUCCCCAGGCUCGGAGAGACUUUAUACGCCACGUCUGGAGUCCAGGUCACCCCCAAUCUCCCCAUCGCCUGGCACCCUCUGGGUCCAACGCGGGGAAACACUGUCCCACCUCCUCAAGAAGCCUCGACCACACUAUCUUUGCAAGUCUUCUGAAGUGCCUUGUGGAGCAUCCUCCCUCAGAAGCCACCAUCCUGGACCAGGGAGCACAACGGCCCAUUCCUAGGCGGGCCUGGCGCAGGGAUACGGACACGUAUCAACCCUCUGGCUCCUCUUCCACCACCACCAACUCGAACACCAGCUCCAGGUUGCCGACCACAGCCCAGCAGACACCCAAGCAGCCCGGCCGUGCCAGGAGCAGGGGGCGGUGCCGACAUUCCGUGCUCCCGCCCACAGAGUGUGCAUCUUUUUAUUGGCUAUCAGAUCUGCCGCUCUAGCGCUCUUUGCUACGAUUGAUUAGCUGCCACACUACAGGCGGAGCCUUCUGUGGCUCCUCCUCGUAGCUGGGCGGAGGGGAGGAAGAGGAGGAGGAAGAGGAGGGGGCGGGACACAAAACCAGCAAGGUUUUUUUUUUUUUUUUUUUUUUGCAUUUAAUUAAAAAAAAUUUUUUUUUUUUUUUUUUUUUUUUUUGCAUACCCGAGGGGCGCUCCCCGGAGCGGGGCGCGGGGCCGGGCCGCGCGGGGCCGCUUCGUUGCAAGGGCGGCGGCGGGCCCGGGCGCAGCGGAGCCGGGGCCCGCCAUGCGAUCAGGCAGUGCGCUGACCGGCCCGGCCGGCCGGCCCCUUCUGGGUCCUCCCUGUGCAGCCCGUGCGGGGCCGUCCCGGAGACCCCGCGCCGACGGCUGCUCAAACAUCAGGCUGGCCCCACAAAGGACAUUAUCAAAGUCCCCAGCCUGGGGCCCUGUGUAGACCUGGAGUGGCCACCGCACCCUUCCCUUCAUGAUUCGUUCAUAGCACAGUGGAAAUGGAUGAUGAGGAUGGGAGAUGCUUACUAGACGUGAUUUGUGAUCCUCAGGCCCUCAAUGAUUUCUUGCAUGGAUCCGAGAAGCUGGACAGCGAUGACCUCCUGGAUGCCCCUGUGGAGGCCCAAAGUGCCUUCUAUGAAGGUCCUGGGCUCCAUGUGCAGGAAGCUGCCGCCAACCACCUAAACCCUGAGCCCAGCCAGCCUGCCCCCAGCGUGGACCUGGACUUCCUAGAAGAUGAUAUCUUGGGCUCCCCUGCAGCAGGAGGAGGUGGAGGGGGCGGCGGGGCCCCAGACCAGCCCUGUGACAUCCUUCAGCAGAGUCUUCAGGAGGCCAACAUCACAGAACAGACCCUGGAGGCUGAGGCUGAACUGGACCUGGGCCCCUUCCAGCUGCCCACCCUACAGCCCGCUGACAAUGGGGCAGGUGCUACUGGAGCCGCAGGAGCCACGGCAGUGACUGCAGGACCCCAGGCUCUCUUCCCAGGCAGCGCGGAUCUGCUGGGGCUGCAAGCCCCGCCCACUGUACUGACCCACCAGGCCCUGGUGCCACCCCAGGAUGUGGUCAACAAGGCCUUGAGCGUCCAGCCCUUCCUGCAGCCUGUGGGCCUGGGCAAUGUGACCCUUCAGCCCAUUUCAGGCCUCCAGGGCCUUCCCAAUGGCAGUCCUGGGAAUGCUGCAGCAGCCACCUUGGGUCUGACACCUAUUCAAGUGGUGGGCCAGCCCGUCAUGGCUCUCAACCCACCCACCUCCCAGCUCUUGGCAAAGCAGGUACCUGUCAGUGGCUACCUGGCCUCAGCAGCUGGUCCUUCAGAGCCAGUGACACUGGCAUCUGCCGGCGUGUCCCCCCAGGGAGCCGGCCUGGUCAUCCAGAAAAAUCUUCCAGCCGCAGUGACCACCACACUCAACGGGAACUCGGUGUUUGCCGGGACAGGGGCUGCCACUGCAGCAGCCAGUGGGGCACCCUCGGGACAGCCGCUGGCGGUGGCCCCGGGCCUUGGCACAUCACCACUGGUACAAGCACCCAGUGUGAUUUUACACAGAACCCCUACGCCUAUCCAGCCCAAGCCUACAGGGGUCCUGCCCUCCAAACUCUACCAGCUGACACCCAAGCCCUUUCCCCCUACCGGAGCCACCCUUACCAUCCAGGGUGAACCAGGCACCUUGCCCCAGCAGCCUAAGGCCCCCCAGAACCUGACUUUUAUGGCCACGGGCAAAGCUGGCCAGAAUGUGGUGCUGUCUGGCUUCCCGGCACCGGCUUUGCAGGCGAAUGUGUUCAAGCAGCCACCAGUCACCACCACGGGGACAGCCCCGCCACAGCCACCAGGGGCCCUCAGCAAACCCAUGAGCGUCCACCUCCUCAAUCAAGGCAGCAGCAUCGUGAUCCCAGCCCAGCACAUGCUGCCUGGCCAGAACCAGUUCUUGCUGCCAGGCACCCCAGCCGUACAACUCCCUCAGUCACUCUCUGCACUGCCUGCCAACGUGGGAGGCCAGAUCCUCACAGCUGCAGCACCACACGCAGGUGGACAGCUCAUUGCCAACCCUAUCCUCACCAACCAGAACCUGGCAGGCCCACUGAGUCUGGGCCCAGUGCUGGCACCCCACUCUGGGGCACACAGCGCUGCACACAUCCUCUCUGCAGCUCCCAUCCAGGUGGGCCAGCCUGCCCUCUUCCAGAUGCCUGUGUCACUGGCCACUGGCAGCCUGCCUACUCAGAGCCAGCCGGCUCCCACUGGCCCCACAGCCACCACCGUCCUCCAGGGCGUCACCCUGCCUCCCAGUGCUGUGGCCAUGCUUAACACGCCUGAUGGGCUAGUGCAACCCUCCACUCCAGCUGCCACCACUGGGGAGGCCACACCAGUUCUGGCCGUUCAGCCUGCAACCCAGGUGCCCCCUGCUGUCACCACACCACUGCCUAUGGGUCUCCAACAGCCACAGGCACAGCAGCCUCCACAGGUCCCUACUCCACAGGCGGCCACCCAGCCUCAGGCCACCCCUCCUCAGGCCAGCCCAAGCCUGGCUUCCAGCCCAGAGAAGAUAGUCCUGGGGCAGGCGCCCCCUGCGGCCACAACGGCCAUCCUCACUCAGGAUUCCCUACAGAUGUUCCUGCCCCAGGAGAGGAGCCAGCAGCCCCUCUCUACAGAGGGUCCCCACCUCUCGGUGCCUGCCUCCGUCAUAGUCAGCGCCCCGCCUCCUGCCCAAGACCCAGCCCUGGCCACGCCCGUCACCAAAGGAGCUGGCCUCGGCGCUCAGACCCCGGACAGCCGGGCUUCCCCAGCUCCGGCUCCCCAGAUCCCUGCAGCUGCUCCACUGAAAGCCCCUGGCCCCGCCUCCUCCCCCUCACUACCUCACCAGGCCCCCCUGGGAGACAGUCCCCACAUGCCCUCCCCACACCCUGCCAGGCCCCCUUCCCGCCCACCCUCAAGACCCCACUCACGCCCUCCAUCCCAGCCCCAGAGCCUGACCUGCCCACCCUCUGAGCCCACCCUGCACCCUUGCCCUCCACCCCAGGGUCCCCCAACUCUACCUGGCAUCUUUGUCAUCCAGAAUCAAUUGGGCGCCCCACCACCAGCCAGCACCCCAGCCUCCACAGCCCCGGGCCCACCCCAGCCUCCUCUGCGACCCCCAUCCCAGCCUCCAGAGGGCCCACUGCCCCCAGCCUCCCACCUCCCUCCUGCCUCCACCCCCUCGGCCGUGGCCUCCUCCUCUGAGCCUUCUGCCAGGUUGCCGGUCCCCACACCCCCUGACUUCCAACUCCAGUUCCCACCGAGCCAGGGACCCCAUAAGUCCCCUACUCCGCCACCAGCCCUCCACAUGGUCCCUGAGCCCACGGCACCCCCUCCUCCACCACCUCGGACCUUCCAGAUGGUAACCGCCCCCUUCCCAGCGUUGCCCCAGCCAAAAGCACUUCUGGAACGAUUCCACCAGGUGCCAUCUGGGAUUAUUCUCCAGAAUAAGGCUGGGGGUACUCCCACCACCCCACAGACAUCCACCACCCUGGGGACCCUCACCGGUCCUACUGCCUCUGUGCUAGUCAGUGGACAGGCACCACCUGGGACUCCUGCCGCCUCUAGCCAUGUCCCAGCCUCCACACCUAUGGCCACCACAGGCCUCCCUCCUCUACUUCCUGCCGAAAACAAAGCUUUUGCCAGCAACCUUCCAACCCUGAGUGUGGCCAAAGCUACCGUGUCUGGGCCAGGGAAGCCCCCAGCAAUUCAGUAUGACAGCAAGUUGUGUAGCUUGAAGAAACAGCCCCUACUGCAACCCAGCAAAGAAGCCUGCUUCCUGGAGCAUCUGCACAAACACCAGGGCUCUGUCCUGCACCCCGAUUACAAGACAGCCUUCCCCUCCUUUGAGGACGCCCUCCAUCGCCUCCUGCCCUACCAUGUCUACCAAGGCGCCCUCCCCUCCCCCAACGACUACCAUAAAGUGGAUGAAGAAUUUGAGACUGUCUCUACGCAGCUGCUCAAACGCACCCAGGCCAUGCUCAAUAAAUAUCGGCUUUUGCUUCUGGAAGAGUCCAGGAGAGUCAGUCCUUCUGCGGAGAUGGUUAUGAUCGACCGAAUGUUCAUUCAGGAGGAGAAGACCACCCUUGCCUUGGAUAAGCAGCUUGCCAAGGAGAAGCCUGAUGAGUACGUGUCUUCCUCCCGCUCCCUUGGCUUCCCUGUCCCAGUGUCUUCCGAGGGCCACCGGCUCCCCAGCCAUGGCCAGUCGUCUUCAUCCUCCACAUCUGGAACGUCUGCCCAGCCCCCUCCUCAUCUGCCCACCAAGCUAGUGAUCCGGCACGGUGGGGCCGGCGGCUCUCCCUCAGUGACCUGGGCCCGGGCAUCCUCCUCCUUGUCAUCCACUUCCUCAUCCUCCUCCUCAUCCUCUGCUGCCUCAUCCCUGGACGCAGAUGAGGACGGCCCCAUGCCCACCCGUAACCGGCCACCCAUCAAGACCUAUGAGGCCCGGAGCCGCAUUGGUCUCAAACUCAAGAUCAAACAAGAGGCGGGGCUCAGCAAGGUGGUGCACAACACUGCACUGGAUCCUGUGCAUCAGCCCUUGCCGGCUCCAACCCCAGCGAAAGGGGCGGAGCCUCCGCCACACCCAGCUCCGCCCCCACUCCCUCCUGCUACCCAGGCGCAGAUGAAUGGCACUCUGGACCAUCCCCCACCCGCAGUACGCAAACCCACGGUGCCUGCGUCCUGCCCACGUCUACCACUACGCAAGACCUACCGAGAAAACAUGGGCAAUCCUGGUGCCGCCGAGGGUGCACAGGGACGGCCGCGGGGUGCGGGCAGCCCCACCCCACUGCCCACCAAGGUAGACGAAGCCACCAGUGGGCUGAUCCGGGAGCUGGCAGCGGUGGAGGAUGAACUAUAUCAGCGGGUUCUGAAGGGCGGCCCACCACCCCCGGAGACUCCAGCCUCCGCUACCAGCCAGGGCCCCACUGAACCCAGUUGGGAAGCACCCGUGCUACCCCCAGCCAAACGACGCAAGUCUGAGUCCCCGGACGUGGACCAGGCCAGCUUCUCUAGUGACAGCCCGCAGGAUGAUACACUUACUGAGCAUUUGCAGAGUGCCAUCGACAGCAUCCUUAACCUGCAGCAGGCCCCCGGCCGGACACCCGCAGGCCCAUACCCCCAUACGGGGCCCACGCCUGGCACCCCCACAUCCCCAGCGCCCCUGCACAGGCCUGACGCCUUCCCACCCUCUAGUCACAAUGGUGGCCUCGGUGCCAGGACGUUGAACAGAUAACACCGGGCUGCUUCUGCAGCCCUCAUAGAGUGCCCCCAACCCCACUUCCAGGAGAGCAGCCUGACCGCCGACCUCCACCUCUAAGGGGCACUAACCCAGUUCCCCUGACAAUUCUUGCCUAAGUUAUUUUGAGUCACAAAGGCCUCCCCACCUUCCUGCUUCCACGUUGGCUAGAGAUUUGGAAUGGGGCGUGGGUUUUCUAGGGGAAGGUGGGCUAUAAGGUACAACGUCCCCCUGGCACAAGCCAGGACAGGGGAUACAUGAGUGUUGCCUAGGACUGGGCUUCUAGGUUGAUGCACUGGUAACAUCUGAAAACAAGGUCUUGUCUGAUUGGCUUCGUGGAUCACUGUCCGGGGCACUCAGAGCCGGGAGAGAUCUUCUGAAAGGCUCAACUCUCAUCCUGUUGCCCACAGAGCCUGAAAGAUUAGGAAGCAAGGACUCAAGCCAGUGUCCCAAAGUACCUACAUCCCAUCCAUACGUGCACUCACCGGAGUCAUCCUGUGUAUGUGUGCGUGCACGAGAGAGAGAGAGAGAGAGAGAGAGAGAGAGAGAGAGAGAGAGAGAGAGAGAGAGGUACCUGCAUCCCAUCCAUACGUGCACUCACCGGAGUCAUCCUGUGUAUGUGUGCGUGCACGAGAGAGAGAGAGAGAGAGAGAGAGAGAGAGAGAGAGGACCUGCAUCCCAUCCAUACGUGCAUUCACCUGAGUCAUCCUGUGUGUGUGUGUGUGUGCGCGCGCGCGUGCAUGAGAGAGAGAGAGAGGGGGGUACCUGCAUCCCAUCCAUACGUGCAUUCACCUGAGUCAUCCUGUGUGUGUGUGUGCGCGCGCGCGCGCGCGUGCAUGAGAGAGAGAGAGCGCCCCCCCCCCCAUCCCUCCAGAGGAACAAGACACGGGGUCGUCCUUCCUUCUCCCAAGCAGUCUUCCCUGUAUUCUUCUUGCCUCCAGCCCACCACGCCACGUUUUGAAAUUUCGGAGACAAAACUAGUACUGUAAGAUAAAGAUUUUUUUUGUACUGUAUUUAUUGUGUAUAACGAUUUUUUUAAGGGAGAAUUCUGUACAUCUAGAACUCUUGUAAAUUAAAAGCCGAUCCUUUUUUUUUUUUAAACUA